AUGGCUAUGACGGAUAUCCUCUCUGCCAAAGACACUGAAGCUGCUCUGUCCAGUUGCAGAGCUGCUGACAGCUUCAACUACAAAGCCUUCUUCUCUACUAAUGUCUUGUCCAAAAAGACUCCCGACCAAGUCAAGAAAGUUUUUGGAAUCUUUGACAGGGACAGGAGUGGUUUCACUGAGGAAGAUGAGCUUCAACUGUUCCUGCAGAAUUUCUCCUUGAGUGCCAGAGUUCUGACAGCUGCUGAGACCAAGACCUUCCUCAUAGCUGGUGACACUGAUGGUGAUGGCAAGGUUGGGGUGGAUGAAUUCCAAAUUCUGGUGAAGUCAUAA